CCGCGUCUCAGCCUGCUACGUUCCCCUUCACGAAACUAUCGCAUGACCUCCAACACACCAUUUUCGAGUCUCUCUGUUGCCAUUGCAGAAACAAAGAUGACGCCAUGGCGGUUUUAUAUCAUGACCCCUACGAGCAGACGCGCACCUUGGGCAACCUCUGUCUCGUCAGCCGGCACAUCCAAUCUCUCGCCCAAGGCCUCCUCUACCACUUUCCUCGCAUUUACUCAUACGCCGGCUUCUUUCGCACUAUCGACAGUCGACCUGAGCUGGCCAAUUGCGUUAAAGUGAUGACAUGGGUGUACAGAGAAGACGUAUCCCGGUUCUUGUUUCCCAGGCGUGAUAUUCCUGGCACUGUCUUGACGGCCCGCGAGGAUAUCUGGUACUUGAGAGCCCUGGCGAUGCAACUAAAGCUGCAAAAUACAGAAGUCCUCGAAUUUGCGCCAAUUUUUAUCGAUUACAAUGAAAACGAUGAGGAUAUGCUGGAUCUAUUCUUCAAGCAUGAGAUAUUCAAGGCCUUUGAUAACCUUGUCACGUCUAUUAUGCUGGGGCUAUGCUCGCGGUUAGAGUUUUUGUCGAUAAACCUGGAAGAUGGCCAGGAGGCGCUGCGUCUCCAGUCUCUGCCUCGGAAGGCUACACGGUUUCAGUAUUUGCCAGGACUUAUACACCAACGCCCGGAAGGCUUUCCAUUCCUACACACAUUGGUGAUACAGAACACGCUACACGAUGAUCCAAACGUGCUAGGCAUCGGUAGCCUAUCCUUUCUAUGGAAGAGCUUGCCAAGUCUGCAGCGCCUCAUCUUCUUUCGAAGUUCGACUGAACAAUACCCUGGGCAAGUGUCUCCAGCAUGCAACGAUCAGGUUGACGACGCAGAGGAAUCGUUGCGCUACUUGAAAGAGCUUCGCUUCGUUCGCUGCUCCAGAUAUGACUACCCGCUACCACUACCGGCCAUAGCAAACUUGGUUUCCAAAUGCACAGCCCUAGAACUGUUCACCUUCUCACCGGUGCUGGUAGAGGGAGGGACUUUUCCUCCGUCGCAGCUGGUCGACGCGAUAUCGACGACGGCUUGCACGCUUCGCCAGCUCGUUAUCAACUGCCCGAUCUUGGAUGCAUCCGCCGUAGACGCUACGCGACUAGUUACAGAUUUGAGGCAAUUUACGCAGCUGCAAAGUUUAGUGCUCGAUCAGUCCGUUUUUUGCCAUCAUCACCACUUUCCGGACUCAGAUGCAUCGCCUGAAUGCUUGACCAGUAUGCUUCCCGCAAACAUUCACACACUUACCAUCAAUAUACACUAUCCGUGCAAUCCGAUGGUUGACCUGGUUGCCUUGGGUGCAUCCGUUUCGAACGGAGAGUUUUCAUUCUUGAGGUAUCUGCGUGUUCAGGUGGUGUUUGCCGAACCAAGUAAGGACGACCCGCUGGAUGUUACAUCUACAUCAUACGAACAAAACCCGGCCUUGUUGGCGCUUGGCGCAAGGCUGUCUGAUCCUGAAUGGAGCCUGUUAGCCUAUAGAAAGGAGAUACGACAAAUUCUCUCAAAGGCUUUCGAAACGACUAACGUUGUGCUGGACGUGGAUUGUUUUCGCGGUUGUUUGUAUCAACCAGUUAAUGCCGACGACUGGUCGCCGCAUAGGGUGUCGACUCGCUUUAGCAAGAAUCUUAUCCACGAGGAGGAAUGAGGAUUAUUGAACUGAAUAAUAUGGCGAUGUAUUGAUGCCAUUGCCUAGCUGACGAAUUGUCACGUAACAAAUAUGGUCCGCGGCCAGUGUGUGUGCUAUGCAGGUUGCUCGUCUAUGCAGCGUUAAGGCUAGUACCUGAAGAAGGCUGC